AUGUCGAACAGCGACAGGAAUUUCCACGCACUCGUCCUGGGAGCGUCCGGUAUGUCCGGCUGGGCAUUUAUCAAUCAACUACUCCACAACUACCCACGGCCAGGGAUAUGGCGCCGCAUCACUGGUGUGAACAGGAAACCAAUGAACGAAGAAGAGAAAUCAUAUUGGCCAACAGAUGAUAGGCUCGCUUUGGCGUCAGGGUUUGAUUUGCACGGUGAUGAUGAAGAUAUUCUGAGGCAAAAAUUUGAGAAGAUUAGGGACAUGAAAACUGUAACGCAUGUCUACUAUCUGGUUCACGAUCCUAUCCCGGAUUUUGAGAGCCCGGAGCCUUUUGCUGUGUCACUUGGUGCUCUGAGAAAGUCACUUAAGACAAUCGAGAGCUUAGCGCCUAAUCUCAGAUUUAUCCACCUUCAGUAUGGAACGUUCAUAUACGGAUUGUGUUUCCCUGACCAGUUUAAUUUCUCACCCCCUCUGACUGAAGGUCUCCCGUCUCUUCAGAAGCCAUUGUGUGACUUUCUUCACUAUCAAGUAUGGACGGACUUCAUGAAAGAAUUUUCUAAAGGUAAGUCUUGGAAAUGGUGCGAAACAAGGCCUGGGGAAAUUGUUGGCUUUGUUCCCCGCGCUAAUGCUUGGAACGGUGUGUAUCCGGUUGCUAUGUACCUUUCGUUGUAUGCACAUAUCAAUGGCCAAGGAGCCGAAUGUCCAUUCUUCGGCAGUUUCGGGGUGUGGAAAGCCUUGGGCACGGAGGCGGGAGGCGACAUGAUCGCGAAAGAAACCAUCCAUUUGUCGCUGCUGGAAGAUCAAUUUGUCAAUGGACAGGGCUAUAAUGUCGCGUCAUCCGCGACGCCCACCAGCUGGGAGAUGAUGUGGCCUGAGGUCUGCGCUUGGUUUGGGUUGGUGGGGAAACCGCCGGUGGACAAUGAAAAAGAUACUACCAAAACACCUGGUCCUGAGGAAUACAUCAAAUUGCACCAAAAGGAAUACGAUGCAAUGUUGGAAAAACACCAUCUCAAGGGAUGGCCAGUGAUUUCUCCAAGCAUGGACGGCUCGCCAAAUUGGUGCUUAACCAAAUUGCAUUUUGAUCGAUACCUUGAUCUUGGUAAGCUAAGAUCAACUGGAUUCACUGAAGACGAGCCGCUGCAAGUCAGUUGGAUCACUGCAUUGGAACGGAUGAGAAAAGCAAAAGUAAUCCCUUAG